AUGGCCAAACCGCUGGAGCCCUGCUGGGAUCCAGCUUGUGACGGGCUGCAGCGGGAGCCACCGCAGAACCCGGCACGGAGGCACGGAGCGAUGGCCGGAGCGUUGGUGCUGCAGAGUGUGUCAUGGAGCGGGGAUUAUCCGAGUGACGACCCUGGCGUUGAAUAUCCCGCCACAGAUGUGCUCCAGAAAUCCCACUGGGAGAAGUUAGGAAUAAAAUCCCUGAGACGGGGCAGCGUGAGGAGCCACCAGGACUUUUCUCGGAAGACGCUGAUCGCCUUGGUGACGUCCGGGCUCUUGCUGGCGUUCCUGGGCUUGGCUGGAUACUUCCUGAUGCGGCGGCGGAGCUGGAGCCCCGCGGCGGAGAGGCUGGGGGAAGACCCGUAUUACCUGGAGAGCGACAGCCAGGGCAACACGAUGCUCACGACGGCCUCGCACGAGCCGGCGGAGCCUCCCGAGAAGGCCAACGCCAACGGCGGCGCUCAGGAGAACGGAACGGGGCAGGGGGCCUCCGCCAAACCAAGCAGCACGCCGUGGCCGACACCGAGAU